AUGUCCUCGAAUCAAAAGCCGAGAGAAUGGCGAACAACCAUCUCUGACCAGGAAUACCUUAUAUCGACAGACCUGAACAACAUCUCACACGACUUCGUCAACAAUGCUUACUCCAGCGACGACAUGUACUGGGCCAAAGCUAUGCCUGCUGCCAUCCUCCGCAACAUGCUAUCCAAUUCACUUGUGAUGGGAGUGUACGCAGUGCAACCAUCGUUUCCACCAGCCAAGACAGCAGAGGAACCAUCAUCACCAGACACACCUUCUCCCACACUUGAGGACCCAUCAUUCUACUUCUCGAACGAGUUUCAGGGAAACGGAGCUGGAGCAGAGAAGCUGGAACAGGUGGGAUUCGCUCGCUUUGUCACAGACCAUGUCACGGUCUUCUACUUGACCGAUGUCUAUGUUGCGCCAGAUUCUCGAGGCAAAGGACUAGGGAAAUGGUUGAUUUCGUGCUGUCGAGAGAUUCUUGAUUCAAAACCGCAUCUGAUGAGAGCGAUGCUCAUGGCUUCGCCAGGGGAAGGCAAGGAUUUCUAUGAGAAGAACCUAGGUAUGCGCGACAUGCAGGAAGAGGCUGCUGAGGGGCAUAUACUCGCCAUGACAAGGAAGCGAAACCAUCUCGCUCAUGUCUCGAGCGUAUCCAGAAUUUCUGCUGUUUCCAAAAUCUCGAGGCCCUACAACGCAGCUCUCAUCACCAGAAGCCUGCACCAGACCAGUCAAUGGAAGCAGCAAAAUGCCGCCGUGGCUGAGGACGAAGGCCUUGGUUUCCAGUCCGAGCAAAACGACAACGGUCCCAUCACAACCUUCGCCGAACUGGGCAAGAGGCAGCUGGUCAGCAAAGGAGUUGUCCAGACUCUGAUCAAGGACAUGGGCCUCGAAAACAUGACCGAAGUCCAGACGGCAACAAUCAACCAGGCUCUGAAUGGCAACGACAUCCUCGCCCAGGCCAAGACCGGUACCGGCAAGACCCUGGGCUUCCUGAUCCCUGUUCUGCAGAACAUCCUCAAGACCGACUCUUCUCUGGGCGAGCGCAGCAGAGGCUACGCCGCUCGCAGAGGCAACAGGACCACCGCCGACGAUAUCCGCGCCAUCAUUGUCUCGCCAACCCGUGAGCUGGCCGAACAAAUUGCCGUCGAGGCAAAGCGUCUCGUCGCAAACACUUCGGUCAUUGUACAGACGGCAGUAGGAGGAACACAAAAGUCCGCUGGUCUGCGCGCCAUCCAGCGCCAAGGUUGCCACAUCUUGGUCGGUACCCCCGGUAGACUAAAGGACAUCUUCAGCGACAAGUACUCUGGUGCCGACCGUCUGCUCGACCAGGGUUUCUGGCCCGAGAUCCAGGAGAUCAUGAACCUUUUGCCCAAGCCCGAGGAGAAGAGCCGUCAGACUCUCAUGUUCAGUGCCACCGUGCCCAACGAGGUGCAGAGGCUGGUCAGAGAAACCCUGAGACCCGGUUUCGACUUUGUCAAGACUGUGCGCGACGACGAGGAGCCUACCCACGCUCGUGUUCCUCAGCAUCUUGUCACUGUCAAUGGUCUGGAGAAUACCGUCCCUGCUAUUGUUGAGCUGUGCAAGAACGCCAUUGCCGAUGCCUCUGAGCCUGACGCUCGCCCCUUCAAGGCUAUUGUCUACUUCAACUCGACUGCUGAAGUUACAUUGGCUUCUGCCGCUCUCACCGAGCUUCCCAUCGACGAAGACUCGAUCCAGCCUCAGCAAGACACUCGCAGUCGUUCCCGUACUGUUCCAAGUGCUCUCUACCCUGCUCGUGUUUUCGAGAUCCACUCGCGCUUGAGUCAAGCCCAGCGUACCCGUGCUUCCGACAACUUCCGCAAGUGCUCUUCUGGUAUCUUGGUAUCCUCCGAUGUCACUGCCCGUGGUAUGGACUUCCCCAAUGUUACUCACGUUAUUCAAGUUGGUAUUCCUCGCGAUCGCGAGACUUAUAUUCACCGUAUCGGCCGUACCGCUCGUGCUGGUAAGGAGGGUCAAGGUUGGUUGAUCUCACCUAUGAUCGAGGCUCAGGAUCUCCCUCGCAAGCUCAGAGAUCUUCCUCUGAAGAAAGACACUUCCCUGGCUACCGCAUCCGUCGACAUGACCCGUGAAGCAGACGUCCCUAGGUCUGCCGCUACUAUUCUGGCCCAGGUCGCCGAGGCAUACAAGCGUAUUCCCAUGCAGGCUAAGGGCGAUGCCUACAGAGGCUACAUCGGCACUUACGGCUUCAUUCGCAAGAAGGCUCUUGUCAAGGCUAUCAACAAUCUCUCCCGCUACGCCUGGGGCAUGUCCACUCCUCCAGAGAUUUCAUCCGCUCUUGCUAGACGCGUUGGCCUCACAAGAGUGCCCGGCUUGAACAUUGACGGAAGAAUCAUUGAGGGCAACAUCGACGACGUUGAUGACAGACCCAUUCGCAGCAAUGAUAACGGCUUCGGCUAUGGCGGCGGCCGCAACCGUCCAUACUCCAGCGACCGCAAUGAAAGCGGCCGCGGAGGCUUCGGUCGUGGCGGCUUCGGCGGCGGUCGUGACAAUGAUCGCAGAGGUGGCUUCGGUGGUGACCGUGGUGGCUUCAGCAGAGGCGGCGAGCGUGGCGGCUUUGGUGGUGAGCGCAGAGGUGGAUUCUCCAGCAGAGGAGGCGACAGAAGCUUCGGCGGAGAAAGCAGAGGCGGCUUCAGCAGAGGAGGUGGUGAUCGAUACUAA